AUGGUCCGAUCAUGUUCCAUCUUAAUCCUAAAAGCUUCACUUGCAUGGCUUGACACAGCUUUUAUUGAGGUUGAGCUUCGAAUGGAUGCCGGACCAGUGUCUUCUGCGGCUGAGGAUAUUGAGGCGGGAGUUGGCAAGUCGACCACUGGCAAGGCUCCAACUGGUCGGAAUCUCAUGCGAUCCUUGCCGUUGGCAGCGCCUGCCUGGCUGAGAAGUGCGGACGAGCCAAUGAAAUUGGUGCUUCGCACAUUGGCCACAGUUCCGGCUGCCCGCAUGACCUUCUUCACCUACGUAGUCUUGCUUCACGCCUGGGUCCUUUUUAUCUUGCAGCAAAUGGCGUUGCAUCCAUCAUCCUCAUGA